AUGCUGUGGCAGGGGUCGGCGCCGUUGCUUCCAAACCUGCUGCCUGCACGCAGCCCUACCGGCCAGCAGCGCAAGUGCUCACUGCCGAGGUCCAAAUCGAAGCAGGGAUCAGGCUUGACCGGUGCAGUGUCAUCCUGGCCUCUGGAGCCUCUGCGCAGAAGCGGUUCCAAAGGCUAUGGGGGCGAGGCAGAUAACUCCGCCGGUUCCAAGCCACAAGUCUUCGUGUCUGCGGUGCAGAUGCUCGCAGGGCAGAGCAACAUGCACUUCCACGAGGUGGCCGGUCAGAUCCUGUUCCGACAUCGGCGCAGCUCCGUGAUUCAGGAGCGCAAAGACUUUCGCAAGGUUGCGGAGGACAUCUCUUGGGUGUUCCGCCAGUCAUCAUCGAGUGAUGCUGCGGGCACGAAGGAGACGGGAGGCAAGCGCUGGGUGGACGCCGUGUUCGAGCAUAUGUGCGUCAAAGGCGAGUUUCGGUUUCGAGAAUGGCAGAAAGUUGUACAGCUGAUCCAGAGGAACCCCAUACUCAAAAAUCGCGUUCGUCUCUCCGAUACAGACCGGCUCUUCUACAACAUCACCCACCGGGACACCGAGGCAAGGAGUUCGCUGAACUCUCCUCGUGAGUUCCGUGAGCUGCUGAUGUGCUUGGCCGAUGCCUGCGCGGUUCAUCCGGCUGCUGGGCUCAAUCAUGUACGGUGUCACAUGUCUUGGCUGCACAGGUUGUCAGUUCUUCAGGUUCUUGGUGGCCCCAAGAGUAUUUCAGGGUAG